AUGUCUAAGAAGUGGAUUGAUAAAAAGACCGCGCAGAGUUAUGCGCUUUUGCACCGUGCGCACGAGGAUCCGCUUUAUUAUGACGAAGAGGCCGGGGAACGAGUGCUUGUGCCGAUUGAGAAGAGCAAAAGAAAUGUCCGAGAGCGACUGGAGACGAAGCAGGACCUCCAAAAGGAACUGGACUCGAAAAUUGCCCAGGGAGACAUCAGAAAAAAUGAGGGAGAGGCCGCCCUGUAUGGAAUCACGUACGACGACUCUCAGUACGACUACAUGCAGCAUCUGAAGCCUAUUGGCGAGGACAAGACGGGCAUAUUCAUAGCUAGAGAGGACAAACCAAAGAAGGUGGAGCUGCCCACGGCGCUUCUGCCGUCCAAAGAGACAGUCAAAUAUGAUUACCAGCGUCAGCAGAACAUCCAGGACGAAAUCGCAGGUUUCAAGCCUGACAUGAAUCCAGAUCUGCGAGAAGUGCUGGAGGCUUUAGAGGACGAGGCGUACAUAGACCCUGAUCAGGACGAGGAUGACGUGGACGUUUUUGGCACGCUCCUGGGUGGAAAGCCUGAAGUUGUGAAGGAUUCGGAGUACGAGGAAUAUGAUGAAUGGGAUAUGGACAAUUAUGAGGACGAGUAUGGCGACUACGACUCCAACGAGGAGGGCGAAAACUUCGACUGGGAAAAAGAUUUCAGUCGGUUCAAGAAAGAGCAGAGUCGCACCAAAGUGGCCAACGACUGGGACAGUGACGACGAAUUCGACGACGAAGACGAAGUCGGUAGUCUGCCUGAUCUUGGCGCCACAGCAAUGAAGAGCAAGAGCUCCAAGAAAAAAGAAAGACGUCGUAAAGGUGCCAAGACAGAUACCUCGUCGUACUCCAUGUCGUCGUCUGCUCUGUGUCGGACUGAGCAGAUGACCAUCAUUGAUGACAAAUUCGACGUGAUGAAGGAGCGGUACGAGCAGGACGAGGAAGAAGAGUAUGAGCCAUUUGCGUUUGAGAAUGAGCGUCAAGAUCUGGCUGCCUUGGUGGACGAUUUCCUGGAUAAUUAUACAUUGGAAAAGGGUGGUAGGAAGAUCGUGAAAAAGGACAGAGAACUCGAGAAAAUACAGCGUGCCGCCGACAGCGUGUCUCAGAGCAAGCUUGCUCUUCGUCGCAAGAAGGCAAGCAACGGGGGCGACGUGUCUACCUUCAAAGGUUUGGCUGAUGAUAUGAGGAAGCUGCUAUUAGACAUGGCUAGAAAGAGUAGGACAGUGGCCGAGGAAAUCGCCAGGGAGCUUUCGAAGCCUGUAUUCAAGGAUGUGGAUAUUGAAAACGAGCCAGACAGCUCCUCGGAAGGAAGCGAAGAUGAGGUUCCCCGUGAACACUACGUUCAGAACCGCAGCAGGUUAAGGGAAGUGGAACUGGGCGAGAAUUACAAGGGAAAGAAGGUGAGCCGCGGCGAUCUGUACGAUAGAGACGAGGUGAGAAGUGAGGGAAGUGAAUCUGAGGACGUCGAGUCCAACGAUUCUGAUAUUCUAGCAGACGUGACUGAUAGUGAGAUCGAAGAAGACAGCGAGGAAAGCGAGGAUGACAAGAGCGACCAGGAAAGCGGAAACAACGAUUCAGAUGCAUCUACGGUGGCCGAUUCAUACAAACGAGAGAGAAUAUCACAGCUGCUGGCCGAAGAGAAAAAGCAGAUCAUUUCGAGGCUAUCUGCCACAGCCAAGAGCGACGCUAUCAAGGGAUACGCUAUUUUGAGUCAACAUCGAAUAUUCGAUCUGAUCUUAGACAGUCGAAUUAAAUUACAAAAGGCCAUUGUGUCUGCCAACCAGCUACCACUGAACACAGAGAUGUACGAUUCGCUAUCCAAGAAGGAAAAGAAAGAUGUUGAAAAAGUGCAGGAGAAGGUGCUUGAGCUUUUAGAGAAGACAAUUGGCGUGCGCAGAAAAUUAUAUGCCAAAGACAAGAUCGAACCUCCCGCAGGCAGCACCAAAAAGAGGUCACUGGCCUCUCUCUACGAAGAGACCAACGAAUUCGAUUCCGUGUUGGAACCUUUCAAAAAGGAUGUGUUAGUGAAGUGGUCUGCAAAAGUGCAAGCUGCGUCUGGCUCGUCUGCUAUUCAGUCCGGCAAAUUCCAAACCAUCAACCAAGACGCAUAUUCUCAAGUCCAAAACAAUCUUCAGGACAUGGAGAGACUGGUGAAGAGAACGAAGCUGAAUAGGCGCGGAGUAACUCCACUAGGAAUGGAAAAGGACCAAGAGCCAAUUUUGUUCGACGACGACGAUUUCUACAGAGUGUUGCUGAACGACAUGGUGGAUAAGAAGAUUUCUGAUAAAGCGGCUUCGUCUGCUGCGAUUGUGACGAUGAGCUCGAACAGAAUACACAAGAAUUACGACCGCAAGGCUACGAAGGGCCGCAAACUGAAAUACACAGUGCAGGAACCGUUGCAACAGUUUGAGGUUCCAAAGAGGAACGAGUGGACAUGGAAUGACGACCAGAUCGAUGAGUUCUUCGCGUCGUUGCUGGGUAGAAAAAUUGACAUGGGUGAAGAGGCCGAGAACGUUGAGCCUGAGGAGGGAGAGGCUAUACUGAAUUCCGACCUCAAGCUCUUUGGAUAAAU